GGGGCCACGGACCUGGCGGGGCCUGGGGCUGCGGAGGAGAGCGCCGUCGCUGGGGAGGUUUUGGUGGGGUCGCACCUGUUGCGUGACUCCCCCACGUUCCAGCUACCGGAAUCCGACCCCGAAUACACUGAAAGUGUGCCGAGAAGUCCAGACGAGUUCCGGGUCCCGCUCUCUGGGGAGCACGUGGCCUGCCCGCUUCCCGAGUGCCGGGCUGGGGGUCGGGGCUCCGGGGUCUACAAGGCCAGUGCAGCGGCCCAGGUCGGCAGGGGGCCCGCCUCCAAGCAGCCAGCAAUUUUGAAAGACUGUCUUACUUCUCCCGUCUCAGUGCCAGGGCCGGGGCCCUUGGAGCCACUUGGCAGGGUCUGCACCCUAGCCCUCCUCCCCUCCCUCGUGACCGGGUUUCCAGUCGGUGCAGACCCUGGCGAACAGACUCCCCGGUUCCCCCCAGGGCUCGGGCAGCAUGGCCUCAGAGGCUCGGGGUGGGCUGGGGGCCCCUCCGCUACAGUCUGCCCGAUCCCUGCCAGGCCCUGCCCCCUGCCUCAAGCACUUCCCGCUCGACCUGCGCACGUCCAUGGAUGGCAAAUGCAAGGAGAUCGCCGAGGAGCUGUUCAGCCGCUCCCUGGCUGAGAGUGAGCUCCGCAGCGCCCCUUACGAGUUCCCCGAGGAGAGCCCCAUCGAGCAGCUGGAGGAGCGGAGGCAGCGCCUGGAGCGGCAGAUCAGCCAGGAUGUCAAGCUGGAGCCGGACAUCCUGCUUCGGGCCAAGCAAGAUUUCCUGAAGACUGACAGUGACUCGGACUUCCAGCUCUACAAGGAGCAGGGUGAGGGGCAGGGUGACCGGGGCCUGUGGGAGCGCGAUGUGGUGCUGGAGCGGGAGUUUCAGCGGGUGACCAUCUCCGGCGAGGAGAAGUGUGGGGUGCCCUUCACAGACCUGCUGGAUGCGGCCAAGAGCGUGGUGCGGGCGCUGUUCAUCCGGGAGAAGUACAUGGCCCUGUCGCUGCAGAGCUUCUGCCCCACCACCCGCCGGUACCUGCAGCAGCUGGCCGAGAAGCCCCUGGAGACACGCACCUACGAGCAGGGCCCCGACACCCCCGUGUCCGCUGAUGCCCCGGUGCACCCACCAGUGCUGGAGCAGCACCCCUAUGAGCACUGUGAGCCGAGCACCAUGCCAGGGGACCUGGGCUUGGGUCUGCGCAUGGUGCGGGGCGUGGUUCACGUGUACACCCGCAGGGAACCUGAUGAGCACUGCUCAGAGGUGGAGCUGCCAUAUCCCGACCUGCAGGAAUUUGUGGCAGACGUCAAUGUGCUGAUGGCUCUGAUCAUCAAUGGCCCCAUAAAGUCAUUCUGUUACCGCCGGCUCCAGUACCUGAGCUCCAAGUUCCAGAUGCACGUGCUGCUUAACGAAAUGAAGGAGCUGGCCGCGCAGAAGAAGGUGCCACACCGAGAUUUCUACAACAUCCGCAAGGUGGACACGCACAUCCAUGCCUCAUCCUGCAUGAACCAGAAGCAUCUGCUGCGCUUCAUCAAACGGGCGAUGAAGCGGCACCUGGAGGAGAUCGUGCACGUGGAGCAGGGUCGUGAGCAGACGCUACGGGAGGUCUUCGAGAGCAUGAACCUCACAGCCUAUGACCUGAGUGUGGACACGCUCGACGUGCACGCAGACAGAAACACCUUCCAUCGCUUUGACAAGUUCAAUGCCAAAUACAACCCCAUUGGGGAGUCUGUCCUCCGAGAGAUCUUCAUCAAGACGGACAACAGGGUUUCUGGGAAGUACUUUGCUCACAUCAUCAAGGAGGUGAUGUCCGACCUGGAGGAGAGCAAAUACCAGAACGCGGAGCUGCGGCUCUCCAUCUACGGGCGCUCAAGGGAUGAGUGGGACAAGCUAGCGCGCUGGGCCGUCAUGCACCGUGUACACUCCCCCAACGUGCGCUGGCUCGUGCAGGUGCCCCGCCUCUUCGAUGUGUACCGUACCAAGGGCCAGCUGGCCAACUUCCAGGAGAUGCUGGAGAACAUUUUCCUGCCCUUGUUCGAGGCCACCAUCCACCCUGCCAGCCACCCGGAGCUGCAUCUCUUCCUGGAGCAUGUGGACGGCUUUGACAGUGUGGAUGAUGAGUCCAAGCCCGAGAACCACGUCUUCAACCUGGAGAGCCCGCUCCCUGAGGCUUGGGUGGAGGAGGACAACCCGCCCUACGCCUACUACCUGUACUACACCUUCGCCAACAUGGCCAUGCUGAACCACCUCCGCAGACAGAGGGGCUUCCAUACGUUCGUGCUGAGGCCACACUGCGGGGAGGCGGGGCCCAUCCACCACCUGGUGUCGGCCUUCAUGCUGGCUGAGAACAUCUCGCACGGGCUGCUUCUGCGCAAGGCCCCGGUCCUGCAGUACCUGUAUUACCUGGCCCAGGUUGGCAUCGCCAUGUCCCCACUCAGCAACAACAGCCUCUUCCUCAGCUACCACCGGAACCCGCUGCCCGAGUACUUGUCCCGUGGCCUCAUGGUCUCGCUGUCCACAGACGAUCCCCUGCAGUUCCAUUUCACCAAGGAGCCGCUGAUGGAGGAGUAUAGCAUCGCCACCCAGGUGUGGAAGCUCAGCUCCUGUGACAUGUGCGAGCUGGCACGCAACAGCGUGCUCAUGAGUGGCUUCUCCCACAAGGUGAAGAGCCACUGGCUUGGACCCAACUAUACCAAGGAGGGCCCCGAGGGCAAUGACAUCCGCCGCACCAACGUGCCGGACAUCCGCGUGGGCUACCGCCACGAGACCCUGUGCCAGGAGCUGGCGCUCAUCACGCAGGCCGUGCAGAGCGAGACGCUGGAGACCAUCCCGGAGGAGGCGGGCAUCACCAUGAGCCCCGGGCCUCAGUGAGCCCGGCACCUUGCCCGCGUCCUGUCUGCACACCCCUCCCGGCCUGUUACGGUCUCUGCAUGUGUCGUUCCUUGUUCUGUCCUGCAUGUUUCUACCUGUGUCUGUCCGUGCGCCGCCCCGGGGCAAGUGGGGCCGGUUUGCCCUCGUCUUGGCUCACGUGGCAUCUGAGGGCCCAGGCUCGAGGUCUGCCCCACCGGAAGCCCUGUCCCAGGAUCCUCUGAAGCCUGACUGGUCCUCGGGCAUCUGAGAGCUCGGGAUGGUUGUGGGGGGCUGGCCCCUCUAGCCCUUGGGGUCCUGCUUGGGUAAAUUCAAGCUUUGACUGGGGCUUGAAUUUAGUGGCCGGGGAGGCAGUCAGGUGUGGCCUGUACACGUAUGUUGUUGUGGGCAUGGGCUGCCUGGGAUCUGUGAGCUCCAGCGGCUCUACGGCAGGUAGGGUCGGCUGAGUCCCAGCCUGGACUCGGGCCCUGGAGGUGCUGGACCACCGCCUCUGCCAAGUCACUGCCCAGCAGUUUCCUCCGUCCUUUCUCUGGUCCGUGUGCUUCUCUGGUGUCAGCUUCCUGUGCCUCUGUGGGAGGGGGCAGCCGCCCUGUGCCGUGUCUGGGGCCCUUGUAGCGGGAGGGUCCCGGAUCUGCCACCAGCCCUGAGGGUAGUAACCCCACUGUGGUCCCCAGAGUUUUGACCACACCUGGAUCCCCCCUGGUCCCCUGUGUUGUGAUCUGGACUGAGGCCUUUGCUGUGAAAUGCAGUGUUUCAUACAAUCCCAUCUUUCCUAGUGCAUGAGAAAUAAAGAUUAUUUAAGUAAUGAG